AUGCCUCUUAAUACUCUUCCUAGUGACACAGUGCCUAAUCCAAGGAAAGAAUGCAAGGCCAUUCAUCUUAGAAGUGGUAAGGUAUCAAGUUUAGAAGCAACGGUUAGUGAGGAACCGGAUGAAAAAGAAGCUCCGGUGGAGGACAAGAGCAAGGAAGAACACGCCCCUCCUAGACAUCCGGAUAAUCCUUUUUCGGUUGAUCUUGAGAAAUAUCCAGCGUUGCCUAAAGCACCUGAGUACAAGCCUAAGAUGUCAUAUCCUCAGAGGCUUCAGAAAGCCUCCAAAGACAAGCAGUUUUCUAGAUUUUUAGAGCUUUUCAAGAAGCUUCAGAUCAACAUUCCUUUUACAGAGGCCCUUGAGCAAAUUCCUCUUUAUGCCAAGUUCAUGAAGGAGUUGUUAACCAACAAGAGAAACUGGAAAGAGAGUGAAACAGUGGUGUUAACAAAGGAGUGUAAUGCUAUUAUGCAGAAGGAUCUCUCUGAGAAAAUGCAAGAUCCUGGAAGCUUUCUAAUUUCUUGCACCAUUGGAGACAUCACUAUUCAGAGGGCAUUGUGUGACCUUAGAGCUAGCAUCAAUCUCACGCUAAUUUUCUUGAUGAGAAAGUUCCAAAUUAAUGAGGUAAAACCUACACGUAUUUCUCUUUAA